AUCCCUUCCCUCAAGUUGCCAACCAAUUCGGCUCUCCCUUCGUCUCUCCGGCUUUGCGACGGACUGUGGUUGCGCACGCACGCGACGCACCGCCUCGGCCAUGUUCUGUCUACGGAGCUGGAUACCAGUUCUAUUCUUCCUGACCCAUGCCUCACCGAUCUACCUCGUCCUCUUCAUCUCCGCAACCUACUUCCUGAACCGACCGUGCGUGUACUGCUCAUUGCUUCUAUUCAUCCUCGUCGUCGCUCUUUUCGACUUCCAGACGCCAUGGUUCGAAUUCGAAUCGCCGAUCAGCGGAACGACCGAGAUAGCACUGAAUGGCUCGACUCCCUAUGGUAAUACCAUUUUCGAAACAGCCGGAGUGUUCGUCUCAGCGGCGAACCAAACCGCCCAGGCGGUCAUCAAGGCGGCGGCAGAAGGGAUCAAAGAGAAAUUCUCGAAUGACGGGAACACCGGUGCCAGUGCAAGCAGCGCGAGCUACGAGUGGGUGAAAGGCAUCUGGUCCAAGAAGGAACUGCGGAUACAAUGCCUGGAUGUGUUGGUCAGAUUAUGAGAAGUCUCCCGUUCGCGGGCAGCGAUUUUGAGC